CGUUAAUAAUAACAAUAGCAGUUAGCACUAUGUAUGUAUGUAGGCACAGAGCCGUAGCUGCUUCCCGUCGUCACAUAUUACCAGGAACCUUCUUAGAUGAACCCCCAUGCUCCGUUUUUUUCUUUGUCUAAUCUUCAAAUCCAUCAUAUCCAUCAUCAAUCCCACUUCUCAACUUAACAGUCAUAUUUGACUGAUUAAACACUAAACAUCGAUUCUUUGAAUUCCCGCUUCGACGGGAUUAGCCUAGGCUAAUUAUUUACCACACAAUUGCUAGAUAUCUCACAUAGUGAUACGGCUUCUGGCCGCAUCGCAAAUUCGCAAGUCGGAGACUCAACAUUCCAUCCCAUCAAACAGAAACAACAGAUGAUGGCGCCGGUCGAGCGUGACGCACCGGUCGACCGCCCUCUAAGACAUCAACAUUCUUCUUCAAUCGGAGCUAUUGUGCCAAUGUGGGAUAGCUCUGAUCCGGAGCGGGCGCCGCCCCCUCUACCAAUGAAUCCUCAGUCGCCAGGCGUAGGACCAUCGCGGAGCGGCACGUCGCUAGCUAUCCAAUCUGCGCACGCCGCCCUGACUGAGAAGGCGCGCGAGCACGCACUUGUCCCCUCGCUCGCAAAACGUAUGAACGACACAUCACCUGAUCGCGCUCUCGUUCAGAGAACAACAAGUCCUCAUAAGCGAAUGCAAUCUGUGCAACCAGGCAGUGUUAGAGACCUUAGCCUGAUGAUCGAAGGCUCAAGGGAUCGCGACUCUGCGAACUCCACCCCUCGAGGCUCACCUGAGAAAGAUAGGUCUGCGAGAUCACAAACAAGACCACAAACACCAACUCGUGGCAGGGACUACGAGAGAGAGGCAAGGUCGGCUGAAAAAGAGAACACAGCCCCUGGCACACCUACACCCAUGGCGCCAAAUCUGAGCUCGAUGGUUCGCCCCUCUUCGAGGAGGCCGCCGCAGAGCAUCCUUGGUGAAAAUACGCCACCGCAAUCUGCCACCAUGCUGGCAUUGCAAAAUAUGCCUUCCGUAUCAUCGCGAGAUACUGAGACUCCCUUAGCAAACGUCACAAACAAUUCUGCUCCUAUGAUGAAGCCGCAUCCCUCCACAGAACAUCUUUCCAACCAACUUCUCACCCUAACCAACAUUGCAACCGCUCUCCAGAAGGAAAUGUCUCAGCUUAGCCGUCGAAGUAGAGACAAUGCUACAGACUUGAUGAGCCUCAAAGAGGCUACGCACGCUAGAGAUGAAGAUAUUCGAAAGAGUCUACGCGAGCUAGCUUUGAAUUCUGGUUCGGAGACUUCUCGGUAUCAUCGAGACACCUAUACUGGCGGUUUGUAUCUUGACAACAAGCCUUUCAACAACAUGUCGCCCGGACCAGGGAAGAUGGGAAGACCAAUCUCACUUCCAAGGAUCCCGUCGCCGAAUAGUUUCGCGGCCUCCAUUGAUCGAGAGUCGGUCUUAAGCACACCAUCUCUUGUGAGCGGAGAAUCUUCGCCUGCGACAAUGGCCUUGCUCGAAAAGAUCAUCAGGGACAUGGGCACAAAAGAUGGCCAAGACUCAAUUGUUGGCCGCCUGUCUGAAUUAGCCGAGAGAUUAUCUGGUAUGGCUUCAGCUGAUAAAGUGGAAGAGCUUAUCCACCAUCUGAAAACAUCCAGCGAACACACAGUCCACCCCACAAAUGGCGGCCGACUGGACAAGGCAAGGUCUAUGAGUUUCAGUAGUGAUGAUUCCGGAUCUAAAAUCAGCAGCGUGGUGAACCACCGAGUCGAAAAAUUGAUGAAUGGCAAAGAUCCUCGGCGACCAUCGGUUACAACACGAGUAAACGACGUUUUGAAUGAUGAUAUUGUCAAGGUUAUUCGUGCUGUUAAAGACAGCGUUGCUCAGGCAGGAGGCAUGACGGCUGAGGUUAAAGCCCUUGUCCGGGAGCUCCGGGGUGAAGUUCUUGGGAUGGGAAGGGAAAUCAGCAGGAAACUGGAUGACUGGCACGGUAAAUCCCCCAGCAAAAGCGAAACUGCUAGUCGGGCGGAGCUAGCGAGAAUUGUGGAGGAAGGUUUGGAACAGAUAAGGGUUUACAUGGCACAUCGUCUUCGAGAUCACAGACGAGUAUCAUCUGAGAUAGAGAAGCCUGCCAUCGAUUACCAGGAGAUCUACAACGCACUAAGGACUGCUCUGAGCGACUCAGAAGCCACACGAAACCACGACCCAAAACUAAGCCGAGACGAUGUCAUUGAGGCCGUUAAGGAUGCGUGGGAGAAUUAUAAACCUGAGAUCGAAAUCCAACAGAUUGGAUUAGAGCGGGACGAGGUUCUUGAUUGCCUCAAGGAAGGGCUGGAACAGUACGCUCCACGUCAAGAUACCCCCCAAGGUGCGACACGGGAUGAAGUAUUCCAAGCAAUUGUCGAAGGGCUUAAGCAUUUCGUGCCCCCACAAAUUGAUACACCGGCUAGUAUCUCCCGGGAAGAAGUAAUCGAGGCCGUUAGGGAAUGUCUCGAGGACUUCGAGUUCCCAAUUGCACCUUCGACGAACGAUCUAACUCGCGACGAUGUAUUGGACGCCGUCAAAGAGGGCAUAACCUCCACCCAAAGCACCGCGCUGGUGCCUCAUGGCGGUGAAAAUACCGAGAUUGCUGAACGACUUCACGAUAUCAUGCAGUAUAUGCGGGAAGAGUUCAAGGCCGUUUCCGAGGAGGCGAAGCAAAAUGUUGCUGCAAAUGGAAGAGACACAGAGCAGGUCUUGGACGCCACCCGGGAUGGGUUUGAUCAGCUACGAACGCAUAUGGAAGGUUAUAUCAACCAAGCCGUCGGGCCCUCCAGCCAUGAGGAGCUUAUGGCUAACCUAGAGAAUGGGUUUGAACAACUUCGCGCACACAUGGACGAGUUUGUCGAAAAAGUCUCAGGUGCAUCUGGCCAAGACGAAUUAAUGACAAGUAUUGCUAGCAACCUCGAGAAACUACGGGCACACGUAGAAAGCUCCGCCGACAAAGCUCCUAGUGUCUCUACUUCCCCGGACCAGGAGGAGCUCAUGAUAAAUCUCACCACCAAUUUCGAUCAGCUGCGAGAGCACAUGGAAAGCUACGUCGAUAAGGCUUCUGGCGCUUCCAACCAAGAGGAACUCAUGAGUAAUGUUGUCAACAGCUUCGAUAUCUUCAAGGAGGAGGUAUCGGAGCUUGUUGCCAAAGCCUCGGAUGGCUCCAGGGACAUGAUCAGGCAAGAAAUUGAGUGUCUUCGAGAUACAGUGAACUCUUCACUUGUCCCUCACGUACCACAAAUGAGCGACAAUAGAGAUGUUCUGGAAGCAAUCCGUGACAGUAUCGAAAGAAUUCGCGGAGAACUACUCCGUCCCCAUGCCGGUACCACGGAUAUCCUUGACGCUUUACACGAGGGCUUCAGCGACUUACGACUCAGUAUCGAGAAGGUAGCCGACAAACCGGCUGACCUGACAGCCAAUGACGAAAUCCUUGAUGCGCUUAAGUCCGGAUUAGAUGGCGUUCAAACAAACAUCGACUCUCUUCGUGAAAACAACCAGGAAAAAGCCGUGGCUACCGUGGCUCCUGCUGAGGAGUCAACAAGCACUGCUCUGAUUCCUGCUGAUCUCGUCAAGCACGACGACAUCAAAAACCUCGAGGUUAUGAUGAUCCAACUCCGGACUAAGAUGGAGUCUAUGGAGGCACCACAACCCCCGCCAGCAGCCGAGGGCCUGUCCAAAGAUGAUCUUGCUGAGUUGGAGGAGAUGCUCAAGAACGGCUUGUCUAAAGAGGAUCUAAACGAAAUGGAGGAAAUGCUCCGGAACAUGCAAGAAUCGAUGGCCGGUAUGUCAGGCGUGUCAAGCAGUAGAGACAAAGACGGCGAGCCUUCUGGCCCCCCAGCAAACCCCGAAGAUGCUGCUACCAAGGAGGACGUGCUGGCCAUUGAAACAAUCCUUCGAAACGCUAAAGCUCGCCUUGAUGAGUUAGUUGACGGCGAACAAGCUGUCCGAAAAGAUCAUGUUGAUGCAGUUGAGGCACUGGUGCUCGAGACCAAAGACUCUCUGGCGGUGCUCGCUGGACAGCUAGAGACAGUUUCUCGAAAGGAAGAUAUUCUCUCUGUCGAAUCUCUUGUUACCCAGAUAACCACUUCAUUGAAUGAGGCAAAAGAACGUGCCGAAAAAUCUCUCGAAGACCCCGACAAGGUUACCAAGACCCACGUUGCUGCAGUUGCGGCGGCCGUCCUCGAGGUCAAGUCGCUUCUUGAGCAGAUGGUUAAUUCUAACAUCGCAGCUCUUCCCUCGAAAGAUGAUAUCAGGAAUCUAGAGGACGUUGUUAAGGAGCUUAAGGAGAACUCUACGUCCCUUGCCGAAUCCAAUGCGGUGGCGUUUCAAGAACAACAAGAAGGAACCGCCGAUGUUGGUGAGCGAGUCACGGAAGUCAAGGCCUUCUUGGAAGAGUUCCAGGGCUUGGUUAAGGAAAGACUCGAGACCGGCGGUAACGCUGUUGAGUCCUUAGGCAAACUUCUCGAGGGCAUAAGCGAAACGGUGCACCAGAAUUCCGACGUCGGUAGCAACCUAAAGGAGAUGUUUGAACUAGUGAAAACAGAAUUCGAGGAAUCUAAGUCUAGCGUGGUGGGUGCUAAGAUGGACACCGAUGAGAAAAUCAAGGAAUCCACCGAGGCAUUAGGAUGCAAGCUCGAAGAGAAAAUCAGCGAGCUUGUGACGAAGUAUGACGAUUUCCAACUUGUUUUGGAAGAUAGGUCGAAGACUUCGGAAGAGAGAGACGAAGGCAUGAAAGCGGCAAUGGUCAACACAAAUACGAUCGCGGAAGAACUUAAGGUCCUAAUCGAUACUCUUGGGUCAACUGUCACCGACUCCCUCGAGAAGAUGGAAGAAGCAUCGAAAACUGUCUUCGAGAAGGUCGAAACACUUUACGGCAAAGCCGAGGAAAACCAUGCGGAUGGCAAGAACGAGCAUCAAAUGACUCGCGAUCAUGUCAAGCAGGCCAUCAGCGCUGUAGAGGGCCUCCAGGGCCAUGUCGGCGAUUAUCAGCCAAAGAUCCUUGAUUCGAUUAAGGAAGUACUUCUCAUUGUCGGACAACACUACGAGCAUUCGAGAGCUUCGGAGAAUGGCAUCUUGCAAAAGAUUGAGGAUGCCAAACCUGAACCCCUACUCCUGCCCCCUCCUCCCGAGAAAUACGAUGAUAGCCUGGUGCAGUCAAAACUUGACAAAUUGGACAGCGAGAUGCUCACGAUUCGGGAAAAUUUGGACAGUGGAAUGCACUCGAAGUUAGACAAGCUAGUCGACCACACAAACACUGCUAACAAGGCUUAUGCCCAGCUGUAUACUCUCGACAUGGUGCACCAGCAGGUUGUCAAGACAGCUGCUGAUAUCGCGGAAUUCCUUUCGUCUCAAAAACAGCGCAUUAAUGACGAGCAUGAUGACCGUGAAAAGACUCUUCAAGAGACGACAAUCCAACUGGAGCGUUCGAAAGCCGAGAAAGAUCAAGUCGAAACUAACCUCUUGUAUCUCAAAGAUGAGGAAGCCCAAUUGCGCGAUACCAUCCUCGCACUAAGGGCUGAGCAAGAUUCGCUCGUCCGACAGAAGACUCGAUUAACCGCGGACGUCUCUUCUCUCGAGACUGCUCUACAUCUUCGACGGGAAGAACUCCACGCUAUGGACGCACGGGCUGAAGGCCUGGAGCGUAGGAUACUUGAAGGUGUCCUAGACCAUUCUCGUGCCUUACUCAUGACGAAGUCCUCCUUCAAGGGCCGCGAAGCUAUGAGCCGCAAACGAGUACCCGGUGCUAGAUCUAGCUUAGGACCUUCCGACGACCUGAACUCUACUCCUAAACAGGCCAAACCUCGGGCAGUUAAUAUGGCUAUGAAUAAUGGUCGAGCUAGUCUUGUCCCACAAAACCCUGCAGGCACCGGUCGCCGGAUUCUGAGUCUCAGCCAGAUUACAAAUAACGUACCUACGGGUGGCCUUAAGCGCAGUCAGAGCGUUCGUACCCCGGCUGGUACAGGAGUACGAAAGAGCAGCUGGGCACCAGGGAAAAGCGGUGCUCGUAAGGACUAUGGCGACCUGGACAUGGACAAGGAGAACGUGGACCUAGUACGCGAGAGUGAUGAGGAGGCGCGCGAAGAUUCGCCUGCUGCCGAGUCAGAGCCUGACACACCUGUAGGAGAGGAAACUGUAAUAGUUGGAAAUGAUGCAACUGGCAAAACUCCGGCCGAGGAGGACCCUACGGAGAUGUCACCCGAGCCCGAUGGUGAGGACGUCUACGACGACGAGGAAACAGAAGGAGGAGAGAGCGAGGCUGGGACGACCGUUAUGACAGGUACGGCAACUGAGAGCGGGUACAUUAGCGAUGACCAAAGUCACAGUGAGUGGGCUGAGAGCGCCGUCGGCGUAGACAGCGUCAUCUCUGAAAGCAUUGCCGAUACUGAUAGUAUCACAGGCGAUGGGGAAGUUUUGGUGUAUAAUACCUAAUGGAUCUCUUGUAUCACUCGACACGAGAUUCUAGCUCUUGGGGGUCAAUUGGGGAAAGAAAGGGGCGGGGAGUUCUGUUAUGGAGUACGACGGGACGGCUUCACCUGCUUCUCUUUUUUUCCCGGUCACGUUUUGCUCAUCACGGUCGUUGGAUGAGGUUGGGGGGUGGUGGGUUCCUUAUGCUUGGGAAGGGGACGAGGUUUUAUGUCUUUGGUACGUCUGCUUGUCUUUCGUCGUAUGAGGGCGUCUGGCACGUGGAUGAACGAAAGAGGUGUCGGAGGGGGUGAAUGGAAGGGAUAUCAAUUUUGUUAUUUUUUUUUUAUCGGGGGGUUUUUUUCCUCCUCACUCGUCGUCGUUUGCGUUUUCAUCCCUCUUGAAUUGGUUUUACGUCUACAUACCUAGUAGUAGUUUAGUCACGCUACGUAUUCAAAUGGAAACGGGGCAUGGAUCACACUGAUUUAAACAUAUACCCGUCUAACCUAAGGCUUUAAAGUCUAGGUAGGCAGGUGGCCUGCUGCUCAAAGGGGGGAGAGAGAUUAUUAAGAUUGUUCAAAUAUCGGAAAAGCAGCAGCAGAAGGGGUCUGGAGGAGGUUGUAUGAGUAGGAGUAGGAGUUGGAGUAAGAGGAGACGGAGGAGCAGGUCCUGCUUCUUCAUACCUAGUCUUUAGUACAUAGGCAUAUUCAUGAUAAUGACGACGAACGAUAUUUCCAUUA